AUGGAGGACGAUAGAGCUCAGGUGGAUCUGGGCAUUGCUGCGGAUAUUGAGCAUCAAGAAGCACCCACACAAGCCGUCAGGCAGCCAAAGAAGAGAUUUGUGGGCAGGCGGACAGCAGCACAGACGGCCGCCACCAAGAACGGAGACGGCUCUGCGUCCAUCGAAGAUGCCGGGGCCAUUCAGGGUAGACCAAGAAGAGCACCUCGUCUUCUAAAUCAGGUGCCCCCAGAGAUCCUUGACAACCCCGAACUCAAAUCUGCCAUGUCCCUCCUGCCGGCGAAUUACUCAUUUGAGAUCCCUAAGACCAUCCACCGCAUCCGGACUCUUGGGUCCAAGAAGGUCGCCCUCCAGAUGCCUGAGGGCCUUCUCAUGUUCGCAACCACUAUUUCCGACAUCCUUCAGCAGUUCUGCCCUGGCAUCGAGACCCUCAUCAUGGGCGAUGUCACUUAUGGGGCGUGCUGCAUCGACGACUACACCGCUCGUGCCAUGGGCUGUGACCUGCUUGUUCAUUAUGCGCACUCGUGUCUGAUAUCAGUCGAUGUCACAAAGAUCAAAACGCUCUAUGUCUUUGUCGACAUCAGCAUCGACACGGCACACCUGUUGGCAUCCCUGGAGAGGAAUUUUACCCCAGGGAAGACAAUUGCCAUGGUCGGCACCAUUCAAUUCAACGCGACGAUCCAUGGAGUGCGAUCUGCCCUGACCAAAGCUGGGUUCAAAGUCAUCGUUCCGCAGAUUGCUCCUUUGUCGAAAGGCGAGAUCUUGGGCUGUACUAGUCCCGACCUCACUAGAUACGCCGAGGACGGGCCUGUUGACCUUAUUCUCUACCUUGGCGAUGGCCGGUUCCAUCUAGAGAGUAUCAUGAUCCACAACCCUGAGAUACCAGCCUAUAGAUACGACCCUUACUCACGGAAGCUUACACAUGAGACAUACGGACAUGAGGAAAUGCAGGACCUGCGGCGACAGGCGAUCACCACGGCCAAGUCAGCAAAGAAGUGGGGCCUGAUACUUGGAUCACUGGGACGGCAGGGCAACCCAAACACGAUGUCACUGAUCGAACAGAAACUCACACAGCUGGGAAUUCCAUGGGUUAAUCUUCUCCUGAGCGAGAUCUUCCCAGGGAAGCUGGCAACGAUGGGCGACGUGGAGUGCUGGGUGCAGGUCGCCUGUCCACGGCUGAGCAUCGAUUGGGGGUAUGCGUUCCCCAGGCCCCUGCUGACGCCAUAUGAAGCCCUCAUUGCGCUGGGGGAGAAGGAAGAUUGGGGAAAGGGUGUGUAUCCGAUGGACUACUAUGGUAAAGAUGGCCUAGGAAGAGUGAAGCCUGCGAAGCUGGCAGUAGAAGCAGCAUAG